CAGUGCAUUAUUUUCUGUAAGGUGGAUUUUCUUUCUGCUGAUGGCUGUACAAUUGAACAUGGCCUUUCAGUGGGUCAGGCAGCCUGGAAUGGAUGUGGCAUUAAUGGUUUUGAUUAUUGGACUCUGGCCUGUUGUGAUAUGUGAAGAAGACCUCUGUAAUAAUAACCAAGUAAUUAAAGGAGGAUGGAUCAAAUGGCCAGAGAAUCGAGUCGAAAGAAGUGUGAUGACUUACAUCUGUCCUGAUGGAUUCCGACCCUAUCCUGUCAGCUGGAGGUACUGCAGCAGGGACGGUAAAUGGAGUCAUCUGAGAAACGUUUAUGGUGAAAGAGCACAGGAGGCAUCAUGCAAAGAAGUAACUUGCCUUGCUCCUCAACUUUUUGAAUUUGGAAUACUCAAUCCUCAGAAAACCAUCUACAAAGUCAAUGAAUCCAUCAACUUUCGUUGCUUUGAUGGAUUCCAGCUGAUCGGUUCAUCUUCAACGACAUGUUUGCCAAAUGGUCAAUGGAGUGGGAAAGUGCCCAGAUGCAACACUAUAGGCACAUUCUGUCCCAACCCUGGAAUACCCUUUGGUUCAAAACGAAUCGGCAACAGUUUUGAUGUCUUUUCGGUUGUACAAUACCACUGUGGGAGAAACAUUUUACGAGGUUCUUUGAGACGUAAAUGCUUGGAAUCGGGCGAGUGGUCUGGAGUGGAGCCUCGAUGUGAAAGCAGAUAUGCGUUUGAUAAUGUGAAGGACCUGGCAAAAGGACUGGACAUCUUGGAGUCAACAAUACACAGUGCUGACCUUAGUUCUGAAAAUGAACAGAAGACUUGGUUCGAUAUCUUCUUUGUCGUCGAUGUUUCAGGAAGUCUUGGGAAUGAAAACUUUGUCAAGACUUUUGACUUUGUUACGACUUUUAUCCAGAGGGUGUCAGGUACUAAAGCUGUGGUCCGGUUUGGAUGUAUUGCAUUUGGAUCUUAUCCUUCUAAUAUCACAGAAAUCAAGGAAGAGCUUACCCCUGAGAUUGUGAUAGAAAGGAUUAAAGGUGUUCAAUAUAGAGACUAUUACAAUAACAGAGGAAGGAGGGUAGGAGCAGCCCUGGAAAUAGUUUACUCCGCCAUUAAUGAAACUCUUCAGACAAGGAGAAGGCAACCUUUGCCGAAACAAGUCAUUUUUAUCAUCACCAAUGGGCCUUACAAUGGAGCUCCUUCACCUGUGGUCGUCAUAAAGAAAAUUUCAAAUCUCCUCUCGCACCUGCCAAACAGUCUUGAUAUUUAUGCCAUCGGAAUUGGGGAAGUACAGAAAAACUAUCUGGAAAGUUUGAUCCCAAUGAAGGAAACACUGGUGCAUGAUCAGCGGUAUGCCUUCUAUUUGCCAACCUAUGAUUAUCUGGAGGAAGCACAGGAAAAGCCCAAAAAGAAAGAUCACUCACAGACCUUUGAUUGUGGCAUCCGAGGGAAUGUGAUACAAAGACCAGUUGGGAGAAUAUUUGGUGGCAUCAAAUCGAAAGAGUAUGAAUGGCCAUGGCAAGUCAAUAUAGAGUUCCCAGACAAAGAAUUUUGUGGGGGUUCAAUCAUCUCAACACGUUGGAUUCUCUCCGCUGCACAUUGUUUUAAUGAUUCAGUGAAUGUGAAAAAUGACAUAGCUAUAUGGAUUGGUUCAACCAGAAGGAAGACAGGUUUGCAAAAAUUAUCUGUGGAAGAGAUCAUCUUGCAUGAAAACUUUAGUGAACCCACAGAGAUGAACAACGACAUUGCCCUUUUGAAGGUUAAAGAAACCAUCAAGUACAGUUCUCAUGUGAGACCUAUUUGUUUGCCGUGCACAAAGAGGAGCGCACAGCUACUCGUCUCACCUACGGGCAGAUGGAAGGAAGCUUGUCGUUAUGAAGAUAUUAUAUUGACAAGUGACAAUGGAAGAAAUGAGAAGAUACUUUCAGGUUAUGUGACUGGGUGGGGUUACUAUAAGAAAAAGUCGACUGUAUCAAGUUUCAAUCUGCUGCAUGCCCAAGUGUACAUUCAGAAUCGCUUGAUGUGUGCUUCCGAAUAUCCGCUGACUGAAACCAUGUUCUGUGCCAAAGGGACAAAUGCAGACAGCUGCAAAGGAGACUCAGGUGGGCCCCUGGUCAUGGAGAGGAAUCACCGAUGGAUCCAGGUCGGCAUCAUCAGUUUUGGAAGAACGAAGAUCUGCGGAGAAAACAUCAUGGGAUUUUACAGUAAUGUGCCCAAGAUGAUGAGCUGGAUUAAAGAGAGAGUAACAGAGCUGGAGUAUGAAUAAAGAGUCAAGAGCACAACCUGAACCUAGUGUGUGCAAUAGAGUCUCAAAUCAAAAGCCCAGUAAAUUGGAGAAAGCAUCUUGACUAAUCAACCCUAAGUAACAUCCAGCAUGUUUUAAAUGUGUGGAUAAUUCUAUUAAGUUAGCAGCCAGAGGGGUUUUCUCCCAUGUGGUAAGCAUUCAACCGUUGAGGUUGAAAUUCCAAACAGGAGAGGAAAAUGGCAUAAUUACUGUUUGCAGGCUUUUCCCUGGGAAAAAUUUUCAUAAUUUCCUUUAAAUAAUCUACUUUGAUGUUGCUUUUCAAGGGUGUGUCAGAACGUUGAAGCAAGCACAUUACACUCUUAUACAAAGUUUUGUCAUAUAUCCGGAAAAUAAAAACAAUCUGGAAAAAGGUAUUGCAGUCAUAACUCAAAAAUCCCAAUCAGGUCGUUGAGAGUCAUUUAAAGAGAUGAUUCAGUUGUUCAAGUCUGCUCAUGGGAGAGUCUGCACCCCAUUUCUUCAUUAUUACCCUUAUCAUUUUAUAUUCCUUAUUUAAUUCAUUUUCAAAUUAUGUUUACUCACUAACAAUAUCCGCUGUGGGAAUCCAUUUCAUAAUCUGAAAAGCCACUGUAUUAAAGUAUUUCCUCAAUUUCCUUUUUAUCUAUCUUUUAGGAAGACAAAUGUUUAUUGGUGCAAAUCCAGGCCCCUUCAUUGUAUUAAGAUUGAUAACUGCUCCAACCAAUUCCUCCUGUAACAGUUCCCUUUGGUGGCACUUUGGGGCAACAAGGGCAGCUACUGCCUCACAGGUCCGAUGACUCAAGUUCAAUCCUGACCUCCACUGCUGUCGACGUGGAGUUUACACAUUCUCCGUGACCACGCGGAUUUACCCUUGGUGCUCUAGUUUCUUCUCAGAUCCCAAAGAAUGUACUGGGUGUUAGGUCACAUGGCCACUGUAAAUUACCCCUGGUGUGGUGGGGAAUAAUUAGGGGGCUGUUAAUGGGCAUGUGUAAGAGAAUAGGUUACAGGGAAGUAGGGGAAUGGGAUUGUUCUGAGAGCCAGCAUGGACUCAAUGGGCUGAAUGUCCUCCUAUCUUGUGAGGAAAUAUCAGAAACAUGAUUGGUGCUAUGUAUGCUUAAAAAUAAUUAAUUAAAAUAGACAAUUAAA